AGUUUAAACCAUAAGUGGGAACACGCCCAGCAGCAGUAACGAUCCCACAAGUAAUUAGCUGUGUUACUUCCAUUCCCGAAAUAUAAUAGACAUUUCAUAUGAAACUUUUGCUGUCCCCAAGUUUUAUUACAUCUUUUCUUCCUCUUUUUUCCUUUUUACCAAGCUUGAACCUUCUAUUCUCCCCUUCCUUUCCUUUCCUUGCCUCCCUUCUAACUGAGAAACAAAGACAAUGCGACUCUCGGCUUCAGCGUUACUAUUGCUAUUACCGACGUCCGUAAUAAGCUUGUCGAUCUCAAGACCGCUACCACUCACAUUACAAUCCGCCGGUUUGAAUUUACCAGUGUCAUGGACUAUUGACGCCGGCGAGGAUAUCACUUCACUUACAGUUUCGUUAGCAAAACCCGAGGACACCGUCGUAGCCACACUAGCACAAAACGUCGAUGCAUCGAAAGGAUCGCAAGGCAUCCUUCUUCCCAAAGAUACGGUCAACGGUGGUGGAUAUUACGUUGUAAUUGAAGGCAACAACAAUCCCCCAUCACGCGCAACACGUGGUCCAUUUACCGUCAUUUUCGGUGCUUCUGAAGGCAGCAGCAGUUCUUCGUCUGCUGCACCUUCAUCACCACCAGCUUCAGCCAGCGCUUCAUCGUCGGCUUCUGCGUCUCGUUCUUCUCCAACGACAUCCUCCUCCUCCUCCUCCUCCUCUUCUUCUUCUUCGUCGUCAUCAGAUGAUAGUGAUAAUUCUCCCUCGUCGACAUCGGAUGAAGCGCAAGAAUCAAAUUCUGAUGGCGCAUCUAGUGGUUCCUCAUUAGGUGGUGGACAAGUAGCUGGCAUUGUUGUUGGUGUUGUCGGCGCGGCAUUAGUGGUAUGGGUUUAAACGGAUUUGUUCGUGAAUUAGGGGGGGGAGGGAUGCGCGGAACUAGGCUGAAUUUUAUAUUGUUCUUUAGGCGGGAUUGGCUGCAUUUUUCGUGUUUGUGAAAAGACGACGGA